AUGACUGAAUGCCAUAAGUCAUGGGAAGAAAACUAUGUACCUGCUGCAGAAAUUCCUGAGGAGGAAGAGGAGGUGCAGGAGACAGUAGAAGAAAGUCCACCAGUUGAGAAUUCAGCUCCCUGCAAGCCUGAGGAAAAGGAGACAGCAACUUCUAAUUUUGUUCUUGUGGUUUCUAAUAGACAAAAGCUGAUAGAUGAACCAAGAAGUGCAAUAUCUGUUGAGGAAACAGAAGAAGUAGAGGUACCUAUGCCUGUCUGCAAAGUUGAUGAAGAACCAUGUUUAAGAAGAGGAGAUGCAAGUAUUCUAGGUCAGCCAAAAGUGGAAGAACCAAUACAAAUAGAAGAAGAAGAUGUGGAAGACCUUGAUGAACCACUUCGUCUUGAAGAUAUGGAUUUCAUGGACAAGUCUUUGACUGCUACCUCAGGAUUUGGACCACUGCCAUCUCUUCCUGGCCUGCAGAAAGGACCAUUUGUAAGUGAAGCAUGCCAUGUGGGAUUGAAGGUUGAUGUUGCUACUGAACUUCCUAAGCUUGACCCUAGACUUGAGACUGCAGCUAUUGAUCAGGGUGUGGCUUCUGACCUCUCUGAGUAUGACCAGGAGGUUUUGGUGCCUGUCCAAACCUUUUCACAAACCCCACUCUAUAACCAAGCAAUGAGUGAUGACCCUUGUCUGUGUUGUGGCAGUGAUGUUGCUAAUACCCUCAGUGGUACCCAGGUAAACCCUUUCCCUAGUUCUUCUUCUUCAGAGCCUGACAAAACUGCUUUGCCUAUAUUAGUGGCCAGUAGAUGUGUGGAAAGCUAUGAAGAUUUCUCAUUUUACAGUCAGAAUGCAAAUGAGGGCAGAAGUGUAAUAUCAUUAGCAGAGUCCAAAGAAGAAAAAUAUUUUGGUCCUCCAAACUAUGUAAAAGAUUUUUGUCUGGAAGAGAAUGAUAUCAAUAUGUGGGAAAGUAGAAGCUGUAAUAAGGUAAGCUAUAAUGCUGACAAAGAGGAAGAUGCAGAUCUGAGUGGAUCAGAACAAGAUGUUAUUGAACAAAAUGUAAGACUUAGUGAAGAAGAUGAAUAUUUAGUAAAGAAAGACAAGAAGGAGAAUAUAGAUGGUAAUGAGACAAGUUUUUGUGAGUUUACUGAAAAUCUUUUUAAACCACUUGAAGUACAAGAAUUCAACAGAAUCAUGCCAGAUGAGCUUUCUAAUGAGGAAGCAUAUAGGCAAGGUCAGAGAAACAAAUUUGAAACUGAUAUUAUAACAGAAGAGUCCUUUAAAGUUAAAUGUGAAGUUAAAGAUAAUGUUUACGAUAUCACUGAGAUGCCAACUGACUGUAAGAAUCAAAAUGAAAGUUCUAAAACAAAAACAGAUUGUCAGGAAAUUUAUUUCAAUCUUCAUACCUAUGAAUAUAAUGAUCAAGAAACACCUUUGGCUAAUGAGAGUGAAGAGUACAUUAGAUUGGUAAACUUAGGUCCCAAUCAGAAUGAAGAUGUUACAGAAACUUAUUCUGAGGAAGACGCCCAAGAAAAUGUAAAUAAAAGAGAAGACACAGGAGAUGAAGAGGUCUUGGGCAAAGAAUACUUGAAGGAAAAUGCUAAAGAAACACAGAUAUACUAUGGAGAAAAAGUCACAGAACAUCAGAUGUGGGAAACUGGGGAAUUAUGUUUAGAUGUUGAGUCUGGAUCCAUUGACCUGGAUGACAUAGAAAUGUAUAAGAGUCACGAAGUUGACUGUGUGUCCCAACUUCACAGUGUUGAAAGUGUUGAAGAAAUGAAACAUAUACCUCAAAGUCUCAAAGAUUUUGAUGAGCUUUUUUUGAGCAGAGAGAUGAGAGAAGGACACAAGCAAACCAUUAAUUCUUUCAGGAAACACACGAAAAUGGGAAGUAUGGACGAAGAUGUAUACAUUAUUAAGAAUGAAGGAGCUUUAGAUAGAACUGAAGAGUAUGAAAAGUUGAGAGAAAAAGAGGAUAACCAAAUUCUGUUGCAUAACAUUACAUCUCAGCAUGAAGAAGAAUUAAGCAGUAAAUGGAUGCAAGCUGAAGGUGCAGUAACUGGUCAGGAGGCCUGUGAAACAUACAUGAAUGAAAACUUUAUAAAAUUUGCAAACAAAUCAAGUGAUAUUUCAGAAUUUGAUAGAGUAGUAUUUAGAGAUACUUUUUUGGAAAGGAAUAAUAUGGAUUUAGUGGAAGAUAAAAGAGCCAGCUCAGGUGAAUUAUUCACAGAGACAUAUUCAACAUCUUUAAUUGAAGAAAAACUCCGAUAUUCAGAAGAAAAGCUUAAAUUCCUCACAGGAAUGCUUCACCAGAUUCAAGAAUCAGGGCCAUUUAAGAAGGAUGACACCAAAGUUCUGAAUGUCUCUUAUGAUAAAUAUCAUGAAAGUAAGACUGAAGAAGAGCUACAACCUGGUCAGAUGAACUAUACUCUCCUUGUAAAUUCAUCUUCUGAUUCAGAGAUAGAAGAAAUAAUCAAUGCCUGCAAAGGGGAUAUGAACAAGGAAUCGGCUUAUCAGCAACCAGAUUUAAGAACUGAAGAAAUUUGGAGGAGGAGUGAUAUAAUUGAGAUUGUUGAAGCAAACCAAGUGUCCAUUGUGGAUAAUGACCCUAUUGAUAAAAAUCAAAUUUCUGGCACAGAAAUACAUCCACUGAUAGAACACCCCAUGCAUACAGAACCAGCCAGUGAAGUUCUAGAAUGUCCUUUGCCACCACCUGUUGUGUUUACUAAAGCAGAUGACUUAACAGUGUGUGACACUACCAUACUAACCAGCUACCAGAAAACAUCUUACACAAGCAGGGGACACACCACAAGGGGAGACUCCAUGAUUAAAUCUUCUGUCACUUCUGGCCAACCUCAGUGGACCAGGUCUCUGCCAUCCUACCCUGUGUAUGGCACGUAUUAUGUGACUCUUCAGUCAUCAACCACAGGGCAGUCUUUAGGAAUUCCUGGUCUUAAUGGCAAGAGACUCUUGGUUAAGAUUGUCAAGGCAACAGGUGUUGGCUGUGAGAAAGCUGUAUUGGAAGGAUACACAGUAGUGGAAAUGGAUGAGCCACCCCAGAAGUUCACUACCUCGGUUAUUAAGGACACAAAUUCACCAUUUUGGGAUGAACAGUUUCUAUUCGAUCUCAGCGAUGGCACUUUAGAACUCCUUUUUGAACUUUAUGAUAAGAAGGAUGGAAAUUUCUUAGGUCUAGGCAUUGUAGGUAUAGAAGAAUUAGUUGCAACUCCUUCUCAGAGGCAGAUUAUCCCACUACAGUCACGACCUUAUGAAAAUGAUGAAGUGUCAGGGUCCUUAACAGUAGAGUUUCUGUUUUUGGACCCGGGCAACUUUCAGACUCCACUUUGUUCAAGUGCAACAAUCGAGCUGUCAUCUAAAGGGAGCUUUGGGCACAACAACUACUACUCUAGUCAGGCCCCUUCGCAAGGAAAAUUCACAAAACUUUACCAGUCUGCUAAUGCAUUUUUAAAAUUUCUUUUCCAUCUAAGUGGCUACGACACCCGUGGUGGACGCGAGCGACAAGAGCAAGUGCGUGUGCCCUUUGCCAGGACAGAGAACACUGCGCUCAUUUCUGCCAAGAUAUGGGCGCCUCUGGAACCACAUGAGUCAGGAAGGUAUGGAGAACUUACUGGACUAAGUCGUAUGAACUCAAAUCACUGGGCUAUAAAGAUUUGA